CUCGCGCACAGGGCAGGCGCGCAACCAGACCUGUCACGCCUCGCGUUGGCCGCCGGGAAUGGAUGGCGCGCGCGGUUAGGGUGAGGGCUGCCGGCUAGGCGAGCGCGGGGCCGUGCAGUCGUCGUACCGCAGUUGAAGUGAGUAUUUUAAGUAUGCGGUAGAACUGAAACUACAUUGGAAUUAUUGUACCCUGUUACUGAGGUGAAGAAGAAGUGUGGAUCACUCUCCCCUGGAGUGUCAGCAUCACACUUCAGCAUGGAUCAGGCUAACAACGGUAUGCCCCCCUAUGCACAAGGAUUAUCGUCACCACAAGGUAUCAUGACACCAGGCAACACCAUAUUUAGUCCAAUGAUGCCGUAUGGCACAGGCUUGACUCCACAGCCUGUCCAAAGCUCCAAUAGCAUAUCUCUCUUGGAAGAACAGCAAAGACAGCAACAACAAGCAGCACAGCAGUCCACAGCAUCUCAACUAGCAACACAGGUUUCUUCUAAUCAACCGCCUCAGCUCUUUCAUUCACAGACAAUGACUACAACUAAUUUACCAGGCAUCACAUCUCAUUAUGCCUCACCAAUGACUCCCAUGACGCCCAUAACUCCAGCUACUCCUGCUUCUGAGAGUUCAGGAAUUGUACCGCAGCUACAAAAUAUUGUGUCCACAGUCAAUCUGGGUUGCAAAUUGGAUCUGAAGACAAUAGCUCUUCGAGCAAGAAAUGCUGAAUAUAAUCCAAAGCGUUUUGCUGCUGUCAUCAUGAGAAUUCGGGAACCUCGUACAACUGCGCUUAUUUUCAGCUCUGGGAAAAUGGUGUGUACUGGUGCAAAGAGUGAAGAACAGUCGCGUUUAGCAGCAAGAAAAUAUGCCAGAGUUGUACAGAAGUUGGGAUUUCCAGCCAAGUUUCUAGAUUUUAAAAUUCAGAAUAUGGUAGGCAGCUGUGACGUGAAAUUUCCUAUUCGACUAGAAGGCCUGGUGCUCACCCAUCAGCAGUUCAGCAGUUAUGAACCAGAGCUGUUUCCUGGAUUGAUCUACCGUAUGAUCAAGCCAAGAAUUGUAUUACUAAUAUUUGUGUCAGGAAAAGUUGUAUUGACGGGUGCCAAAGUUCGUGCGGAAAUCUAUGAAGCAUUUGAAAACAUCUAUCCAAUUUUGAAAGGCUUUAGGAAGACAACAUAACUUUACUCAAGUAUAUUCUACUCUGAUGGACAGUUUCUAUUGCCAAUUGCCUUGCAUAGUUUGUACAGUUGAAGGUGUUCCAAUGCCUCGUUUUCCUGGGGUGAUACGACCUUAUAUGCAAUGAUUUUUGGAGUAAAUGUCAGUACCUUUUAACCACAAUACCAGUCUAUUCACCCUGUUACAGCAGCUCUUUUUGUUUAUAAAUCAUCGUCAGGACCUGAGCAUUCUCUUACCUAAAAUUUUAUCAACUGAUAGAACAUUUUGUUUUGCAUGUUAUUUAUAUUGAACUUUUUAUAAAUUGUAAGCCAUGUAAAUGUAUCUUAAAAUAUUUGAAGCUUAAUUUUUAAUUCAAUUUUACUUGAAGAUAUCCUGCUUUUUUCAAGCAUGAUCAAAGAUUGUGUACUGAAUUGUCAAGCAAAUGAGAUUUUUAGAUUAAAAUUUUUUCCCCAAUCCAUUGCCAGCAUUUACGAAUGUUGUACUUGUGUUGAGACUGACUAUUUGAAACUGUGAUGAUAGCUUCCUUGAAGCGAAGUAAAGCAUUUUGCAGUAAACACUAAUACAGUAUCUAAAACUUCCCUGUUCCAUUGUUGAAACCCUUGGUCAUCCACCUUUGCAGGUCAUGUAUUGGCUCAGAUGGGAACACAUUUCUCCACGUCGGAAGCUUGGUGGUAUACUCAGGUGUACGUCAUCAUACUGUACUGGUCACUAAUACUCAAAAACAAGCAAAUCAAGUGUUCAUUGUUACAUUAUUUUUGGGAGCAGCUCUGUGUAAGCUGCUUACAACAUUAUCAUUUUCAGGUAAUUCAUUGCCUGUAAAUUGCUUUGAGGUUUCCUAAAGUGUUUUUUUUUAAUUUAAGUAGUUUUAAUUACUCCCAAAACAAGCUAUUAUAGUUUGAGAGCUAUUGGUUAAUUAAAACAAUGAGGUAAAUAGGUAGGAAAUCUGUUUAGAUCGCGUUGAUUAAGGGAUAAAUGUUAACCAGGAUUUAAAUGAGAGUUGGUCACUCUCAUCGUGCUGUGGGGUCAUCUUACUUCAUCCCAAAAUAAAGGCCCAGCCUGAGUUUAGAAACACAUUAGGAAGCUAGUACUUCUGACAGUGCAUCCUUCCCUCAGUACUGCACUGAAUUGUCAGUAUAGAUAACAUGGUCGUUUCAGGGGUAGACUUGCAUUCACAACCGCUAGAUUUUAUUGUAACUAUUGCAUCACCAAGUUAGGGCUGCAGUAUGAUAUAAUGUACCUUAAGGUUUAUUCGUAUGAGUAGAUUGUUGCUUAUUUUAGCCAGCUUAAGUAAAAUAACUAUCAAUCCUUGGGGCUGGCAAUCAUUUACAUGGUUAUCAACAGCCUUUAUAACUAAAGGUCCUAAAGAGAAGAUUCUGUUUUCUACCCUGAGUAUAUAUGGAUUGCUUGGCUGCUCUGCUAUUGGAUUGCAUCUGUGCCUUUGAAACCUAUUUUGGUCUUUGAAGGUGCACGUUUUGAAAUGAACAGUGGUCAAUUACACUGAUUCCAUAAUGCUCUUUUUUUUUGAGAGAUGAGUUGAAGUCCAUAGCAAAUGAUGAGGAAAAGUAGUCAGUCAUUGUGUUCCAUGAAUGUUUUGAAAUAAGUGGAGGUCAGAAAACUCAGAUGUUUCAAGGCUUAGGUUGACAUGUCCAGCUGGUACAGACCCUCAAUUGGCAUCACCUAGAACAUUCAACGUGUAUCAGCUAUGUAAUUGUAGUUCCAUGCCCUACUCCAGUUUCUUGAGCAUACAAAUUAGACUGGUACUUUAUAAAUAAAAGUUACUUUCUUUCUUUCCACAGUUAAAACAAUAGAAUGCAAGUUAUGGAAGCUGAGAUUGAAUUACAGCAUUGUAGUGAGGCACCUUCAGUGGUAUAUCCCUUUCCAGCCAAAAGCUGAAAUCUGUCCUGAGAAAAAGUAGCAAUAUGAGUAUAGGCAGAAGUUUCAGCUGUGAGAUUUGAGUGUGGAAAAAAUGGAAAAGUUAAAACUGAAAAAUUCCUUCAAACUAAUUUGUCUCCCUUAAAAGUGUAACUUGGGUCUUAUCUGAAUAACCUAUCCUGUAACUAACCAGCCAACAUUGUCCCAAGUAUGUUGCUGAGCUGUUGCUUGCCCUGAUAAAAAUACCAAUUGAUCGGUGUUUGAGAUGUGUGCAGAAGAAUUUCUGCAUUUUAAUUUUUGUAGCAUUGAACACCAGUCAAAGCCAUAUAUUCUUCUAUCCACCCAUCUUGGCAAAGUGUGGUUUGAAUUAAACCAUAAAGGAGUCAGAGGGCAUGGAGGAAGAAAUAACACCAUAACUAGCUUAACUGGCAGCUUUUUAUUCCAGAAGAUUAAGCAAGACGCUGGUUCUUUUGGCGUGCAUAGGUUUGCUGCAAAUAGAUAGAAAGGGCUGAUGUCAGUUGAUCACAAGUAACAGAUGAGUUUGAUGUAUUACAUAAUAACUUGUCAUCAACUUGUUUUGACUGUUGUAGGGAUCAAGUGGAAUUUGUAAGAUCCUUUCCUGAUUUACCCCUGGUUUAUUUGAUUUUUCUCUCAUUUGGAAGUUUACUUAACUAUUGAUAAUCAUAAGCAUGAAGGUUGUUAUAGGAGGAAAAGUAUUACAUUAAUUACAGUGUCUGUGUGAUCAAGCCUAAUGAAAACUGUCAUUUUGUAGGUUUGUACUUUCUGUUCCAAGUCUUAAUAUAAAUGAGUUCUGUAAUAUAAUUUGCCUCUGUUUCAGUAAAUAUGACCUCAACCAAAAGAUUGCUGCCUGUGUCCUAACUUGCAAAAUGGUCCAUUUGAUUAUCACCUCCUGAUACUUGGGAAGGCACCUGAUGUGUAUCUGUUACAAGCUGCCAGGAAUUUCAGCACCUUGAUAUUAAUCACUCAAGAUCUUUAACAAUCAAAGAACAAAAAUACCUUCAUAAUUUUAAGAACUUUUAACAUCUGGCGUUUACUUUGUUCUUUGUUCUUGAUAAAGAUAAGCACGAGGAUUGGUACUAAAUUUUAGAAUAUUUGGGCUUUAUUUUUUUACAAACCAUUUUCUAUUUUGGGAUCUCCUGCAGCUGUGCAAAUUGCCUCUUAGCACUCCACCAACUUUGGCUCUUUGAACCUUGCCUGUUAUCAUUGUUCCCUUGCUGUUGGUUACACCACCAUCUGUUGACGUCCUGUGCUCUGGAAUUCAUCUCCUAAGUUCCCUCCCCUUCUUUCAAAAAACUAGGUAUUUACCUAUCUUUUGUGCCUGUGCAAAUUUUUAUACACCUUUUGGUGUGUUCCCUGGUUAAAGCAGCUACAUAAGUCCAAUUUGUCAUAUUGAUUAGCCAAGGAUUGACAGGCAUAAUAGAUCAAAAAUGCCCUUUUUAAUUGUGGGAAAAUAAUGGGUAUAUUUAAAGUGGAGGAAGGCAGGAGAAUGAGGUUGAGAGGGAUAAUAAAUCAGCCAUGAUUGAAUAGUGGUGCAGACUCAAGCCAAAUGGCCUAAUUCUGCUCCCAUGUCUUAUGGUAACAUACUAAAGGUUGAACUGGAGACAAAAUUUGGUUCAAAAAUGAGCCGCAUACCAGCUACCUUAGUAGCUCAAUGGGCCAGAUUUGAGGCUUCGUAGUUCUAAUACGUUUGUAGAAUCAUUUGUUUUGGCAACAAAUUAACUUAAAAUAAAACUAAACUUAGAGUUGUUGAAAAUGAACACAUCUUCUCCAUUGCAUAUGGUC